AGUAUCGUAAAUCGUUCAACUCGUAAAAUUUAUUUUUGGAAAUAUAUAAAAGCACAAGAAGAUCUGUUUCAGGCAGUAGGCGUACACUCCCCCAACACAAGCUUUGUCAUUUUUUUGUUUCGAUUCUGCAAUACCUAGUUCGCCAAAAUGUCUGCUGAUGAACUCCCACCAGAACAAAUCGCCGUACUCCGCAAAGCUUUUGAAGCUUUCGACAGUCAAAAAUCAGGAAGCAUUCCAUGUGAUAUGGUAGCCGAUAUCCUCCGUCUUAUGGGUCAACCCUUCGACAAGAAAAUCUUAGAAGAACUCAUUGAAGAAGUAGAUGCUGAUAAAUCCGGUCGUCUGGAAUUCGAAGAAUUCGUUACAUUGGCUGCCAAAUUCAUCGUUGAAGAAGAUGAUGAAGCUAUGCAAAAAGAACUUAAAGAAGCCUUCAGGUUAUAUGAUAAAGAAGGAAAUGGCUACAUCCCAACCACCUGCCUUAAAGAAAUCUUAAGAGAAUUAGAUGACCAGCUCACAGACAAGGAAUUAGACAUGAUGAUCGAAGAAAUCGACACAGACGGUUCUGGAACCGUAGAUUUCGAUGAAUUCAUGGAGAUGAUGACUGGAGAAGUUUAAACUCAACUUGUUUAUACCUUUAUAAAUGUCUAAUAAAUAAGAACACAUUUUUUGUU